AGUAAUAAUCGCUGAUCGGUGACGGCGCUGGCGUAUGCGAGCGAAGUGCGAUUCGUUUCCCAUACUUGCAUUUAAUUCUUCGCGCCCUUUUCGUUCUUUCCCAUAAAAGGUUAUUUCCUAUUUCUUUUACAACUACUGCACUGCUGCUCCCGGCGAAGCGGGGAAAAAGAGAAAAUUAGCUCUGGCCGGAACACAGGUGCUUUGCUCUCAAUUUGCAAGAAAAGAGGAAGAACAUCUUUUGUUUCAGAGAUGAUUAACGGUUCCGGCAUUGCGAGGAGAACUCGGUCCCAAGAAGCCCUCUACUUCAAACGUGUAUAUGAGAGUAUGCAUGGUGUUACAGACGAUAAUGUGAGGGUGGGAGAAUGCAGUGGUAGCAAGAGGACGCGAUCUGCCGGAGGAAGAGGGAGAGCUCGGGCUGGGGCUCCUGUGAAAUUACAGUCUGGUAGAAGGAAUGAGGGCAGUCGCUCUUCAAAAAUUGACAUUCCUGAAGUUAUUCCUAUUGAGGAGGAGGAGGAGGAGAAGGAGGGGGAAGUAGAAGGAGAAACAGAUGAAAGUGGAGGUGAAGAAGCACCAUCCGAAUCUUCUUCCGAGGGUUCUGGGUUGAACAGGAGACCGGAAUCAGAACCCAAGGGUGUUGUUAUAAUCGAUGUAGAUGAAAGUCAAGAAGAGUAUGAAGAUGAAGGAAGUAGUGACGGGGAGUUUAUUAAUACCUCGGUUGGUUCCGAGAGUACCGAAAAAGCGGGACCAGAGAAAAUCAAGAAUUUACAAUACCUGGAAGAAGAAGAAGAAGAAGAAGAAGAAGAUGGUGAUAAUGUCAGAACGCCUUGUAGAAGAAAGGAUGAGCAUCAAUUGGAUUUCAAUCACAAAGAGAAAAAUUGUAUAGCAAGGAGAACCCGCUCAAAUGUUCGAUGCUGUAAAAAGCCUCAGAAUAUUCGUACUAGUACUUAUUUAGAUUCAGAGGAUUCUGAGUCAUCUACCGAUGAUGACAAUGAUGAUACUGAAGAUAAGGACUAUGAAAUGGAUGGGUCGCACAAUUCAUGUAGUGUAGAAGAAUCAAAUUCGGAUGAAGUAGAGUCAAGUUCCGAUGAAGGAAAUGAAGGCGAAGAAGAGACGUCAACUUCUGUUGAAGGGGAUGGAGAAAGCAGUGAUGUAGAAGUUGUAAAGACGGGGAAUUCUGAUAGGAAGGGGAAUGAUGGGAGUGUUGGCACUCAAUUAAGGAGAAAUAGAUUUUCUGGCAUGGAUACCGCACUUCCUUCCUGUAGUGCUAAGAGAGUGAGUUCUCUACUUCCUUCUAAUAGUGGUAAACCAAACUCCAGAAGAAAAGUUGAUUAUGAUGCUUUUGUAGCAAAACAAACCCCAUUACAAUUUGGUUUAGGAUCUGAGAAGGAGAUGGAGCUUGGUACUGCUAGUCACCCAAUUUGUUUGGAAAAGGAGGAAAUUGAUUUUUUAUCUAAUCACAGUGAGAGUGACGAUGAAGAUAAUGAUGAAAAAGUUGGUGGAAUUGAUGAAAACAAUGACAACUAUGAGACUAGGGAAGGUGACACAAAAGAAAUAGGGGGAGAAAAGGAAGAUGAAAUAGGGAAUCCCACGAAGAGAAAGCGUGUCCAUGCACCACAAGCUGAUCAACUUUUCAUGGCUAUGGUAAACUCCAUUUGGGAGAAGGARGAUCUCAUUGAGAAGUUGAUUCCUAAAAGAGAUAUAGCUAUGCCUGUGGUUGAGCCAGAGCUAUCAUUGAAGUUCUCAUUUGGAAUUSAGAAGCCUAAGCCAGUGGAGAAAUCAGACUUUGAGAAAGAAUUAGAUCAGCUGUGGACUGAGUUUGAUUUUGCUCUCAAAUCCGAUGAAAUUGGUUCCUUUUCUUCUGUGGUAGAAAAUGAGUACUCUAAUGUACCAGAGAGUGAAAUGAAUCAAGACACUCUUUGUCGUCUAGGGAAGCAUGAGCUUAUCCUUGAUGAGAGGAUUGGGAUCAGAUGCAAAUUUUGCUCUUUCAUAAAGCUGGAGAUCAAAUAUGUAUUACCACCUUUGGGUACAAAUCCAGUAGAAAGAUCUGGCAAGAGAACUACUUCUGCUGAGGAUGACGCCUCUUUGUUGGAUGGGCUUCACUUUGAAGAUGCAAGUGUUGAUUUAUGUGGUUCUUCAGUUCAUACUAGAGGUACGGUAUGGGACAUCGUUCCUGGUGUCAGAGAGACCAUGUAUCCACACCAGCAGGAAGGUUUUGAGUUUAUGUGGAAAAACUUAGCUGGAGAUGUUGACCUUGAAAAGCUGAACAAGUCUACAGGUUCUGAUGGUGUGGGUGGAUGUGUCAUUUCACAUGCACCUGGUACAGGGAAGACCUUGUUGACAAUAAUUUUUCUCCAAACAUACAUGAGGCAAUAUCCUAGUUGCAGGCCACUCAUUAUUGCUCCUCGCAGCAUGCUACUUACUUGGGAAGAAGAAUUCAAAAAAUGGAAGGUUGACAUUCCAUUUCAUAAUUUAAACAAAUUAGAGUUUUCUGGCAAGGAAAAAUUGGCAGCUCUUUCCUUGAUGAAGAUAUCUGCACAUCGAAAUAAGAACUUCACUCGUAUGAUUAAGUUGUUUUCAUGGAAUUCAGAGACAAGCAUCCUUGGCAUUAGCUAUCCUUUGUUUGAGAAGCUUGCUGGGGAAAGAUUUGUACUUGAUAAGGAAGGUGAGCAAAUAAGGAAGAUCCUCCUUCAAAAGCCUGGUCUAUUGGUCCUUGAUGAAGGGCACACUCCUCGUAAUGAGCGCAGUCAAAUUUGGAAAGCUUUGUCAAAAAUUGAAACAGAGAAGCGCAUCAUCCUCUCUGGGACCCCUUUCCAAAACAACUUUAACGAGCUCUACAAUACACUAUGCCUAGUAAGACCAACAUUUGCAGAGAAGAUCCAAUCUCAACCAAGGAAAAUCUACCAAGGAAAAAUUGUGGCAGAAAAGAAAGAAGCUAAAGGGAAAUGGACUUCUCUAACCAGUUCUAUUGGAAAACAUGAUGAUAGAUUGGAGGAGCUUCGGGCUAUGAUUGAUCCAUUUGUUCAUGUUCAUAAGGGGAACAUUCUUAAAGAAAACCUUCCGGGAUUGAGGGAUUGUGUCAUUGUGUUGCAUCCACCUCCUUUGCAAAAGAGACUUCUUCAGGCCAUUCAAGGGAUCCAGAAUCCGCUUGAAUUAGAGUAUAUGGUAUCUUUGCUUUCUGUUCAUCCUUCUUUGUUAAUAAGCAUGAAGGGUUCGUUCCCUAGAAAAGAAGAAUGCAACAUUGAAGAAUCAAUUAAUGAAGACAUGCUAGAAAGGAUCAAGUUGGACCCCAAUGAAGGAGUAAAAAUAAGGUUUCUCAUGGAACUCAUUCGGCUUAGUGAAGCAAUGAAUGAGAAGGUUUUGGUAUUCAGUCAAUUUAUUGAACCUUUUUCUUUUAUAAAGGAACAACUUAGAUCUUUCUUUGGCUGGACUGAAGGAAAGGAGGUCUUGCAAAUGGAUGGGAAACUUGAUGUAAAGAUUCGACAGUCCUCAAUCAAUCUUUUCAAUGAUCCAACUAGUGAGGUUAGAAUAUUACUUGCAUCAAUGAAAGCUUGUUCUGAGGGAAUAAAUUUGGUUGGAGCUUCACGGGUUGUUCUACUUGAUGUUGUUUGGAAUCCAUCAGUAGAAAGACAAGCUAUAAGCCGAGCUUAUAGAUUGGGGCAAAAAAAGGUUGUGUAUACUUACCAUCUUAUUACAUCUGGAACGAAGGAGGGAGAGAAAUAUUGCAGACAGGCUGAAAAGGACCGGUUGUCAGAGUUGGUUUUCUCAUCUAGGCACAUGGAUGGUGAUAAACUAAACGCUUCACCAACAGUCUUGAAAGAUGAGAUGGAAGAUAAAAUCUUGGAAGAGAUGGUUCGGCACAACAAACUAAAGGGCAUGUUUGAAAAGAUCAUAUAUCAACCAAAAGAUUCAAAUUUAUUUGGAGACUUUUGGCUCAACAACUCUCAGACAAGCACCUAACAGAGAAUCUGUUAAUGUGGUGGUAGACAAUAUCCUUGCUGGUUGGCAUUUGAAUGCAACUGUCUUUACUCAACAAGGCCCUAGUGGCUAC